UGCAUAAUAUGAACCUUAUCAACACACUCGUCAUCGUUUCUGUGGCUGCAGUUUCAAAGGUCAUUGGUGUUCAAGUUUGUGGGAAGCUCCUUGCAAAUAUGCUAGACUUAGUCUGUGAUGGACGGGGGUUUCACUGGAUAAAUACAGACGAUUUGCCAGCAAUCACGAAACGAUCAGCUAAUCAGUAUUUAUCCCAGUCCUCUGGUUCUCUCCAACGCCGGGGUGUAGUCACAGAGUGUUGCCGGAAAGCAUGUUCAUUGUCAGACAUGGAAAGUUAUUGUGCGGCACCUUCUGGGACACAUUUUGUUAACCCAACAAGUGGACCAAUAACUGAAGAAGUGGCAAAUGAUAUUUCGGAAACUGAAUUGAACAAUGAUUUUCCUUAUUCCCUGACAACAGCACCACCACAACAGAGACAUACGACGCCUAGACCUCAACCGACACCAUCUAGAGUUCUACAAAGACUUCCCAAUUUACAAAGUUUAUUUUCAGGAAGUAUAUUUGGAUUACCACGUAGUCAAGGCCGUUACGCAGGUUUUGGAAACAGCCGAUUUUUCUUUGUUCGUCCAGUUGGUCCAAGACCAACUAGAACGCCAGUUGUUGCUUAAAGUUUCGAAUCUGGUCUAAUUGUCGUGGAGCUGCAUUAGACAUUGACGUUCCUAUAUUACUUAUAGAUGUUACAAGGAUUACUAGAAACUUGUUUAACUUCAAGCUGUACAUGGCAUUGUGCACCACAGCAUAAAUGUGACGUUACUAUAGUUUUUUAAACUUAUUUAUAGGGAGAAGUGUAAAAUUUUACAACAAACUAUUUAGCAUAAUAUCAAUGAGAUGGUCCCUUAAAUUAACGGAUGUUCAAACAUUUGACGCAUAUAUGAUUGUUUGUAAUAUAAGUUCGGGUAUCGUAAUAUUUCAUCAUUUUGACAACUCAGUCUAACCACAACUUUAGCAUAAGAAUAUUAAAAUCGUCAGCUAUAUAUGCAUUGUCUUGUUACGUUAGUUUGGAUAUUCCAAGUGUUUUGUGUUAAACUACUAAUAUAAGAGAAACGCUCACAGUAUUUCAAAAUCUGAAUGUCCUGUAUACAAACUGCCUGGACCUCUUGUGCGAAAUAUAUAUAUGUUUGCGUCACCUAGAAUGUGUCGGACAGACAACACAUUUGUUUGUUUUUGUUUUUGUUUCUAUUUGGAUAUAUUACUCAAAACCAACUUUUCUGCUUAAAAAUCCUUUUUGCUGACUUUUGCAAUACAUUCUGUGAGAAAACAGUGUUAGAAAAGACUAUAAAGAGUACCUUACUUAGGACUGAAACGGACAUCUGUUAUACAAUAAAGAAGA